GCAUUUGACUCAUCAGCGUUGCCAACUCUUUUCUUUUCUCUCUCUCUCUCUACGAUGAACCCUGCAGAGGCGAACAAGGACAGCGGCGUCAGACACUCCAAGCCAAUCCCAAUCGUCACCCACCACCUCCGCCACCGCUCGCUCUCCGCCGCCUCCGAUUCCUCUCCCUCUCCGGCAUCCCCUCCCUCUGUCCAGACCCCAUCCCCUGGCAGAUCCCAGCCGCUCUCCCCGUCGAGCGCCCCCAUUUUCCCGUUCUUGUCCCACUCUCCUGCCAAAGCAUCUGCCACUUUUCCGUUCCGUGGCUUCGGACCCCCUGUCUUUGAGGACGAGGCCAUGGAGAAAACGCCAGGUGCUGAUCAUGCCCGUCGUUCUAGCAUCAGCGGGGUGUUCGCACAGAAACCUGCUGUGGCUGAGGUGGUGCAACACGAGCGAGGCGUGAAUAUCUUGAGGCGUCUGUCUUUUGGCAGUGCAAAGAACCCAGCCGCACCCUCUACCAGCCCUCCCCAGCCUGCACCCCCGCCUAAUACCGCCGUAUCUACCUCCCCUGUCAUUCCCACUUCCUCGUUUGCGGGAAGGAAGCCGAAGCGGUCAGCGACGGUCACGGAGUCUGGAAGACCCCGCCGUGCACCCUCUCCUAUGGGCGAACGUAUUCUAAAAGGCCAUUUCGACAGCUUCAUCUAGAAGCAUCCCCUCCUUUGAUCGGUACCCACUUGUUACCUCGGACUACUCGUUCCUCCACCCGCGAACUCAUAAGGCAUCAUACUCACCAUACUCACUGAAACAAUUCUGAUUACCACAAGUAUUCUAUGAUGUCAUCGCCGCCUACGAUCCCACUCACAAUAUACGGGAGCAACCCUAUAUCAGUGGGCGGCUAAUACACUGACACGUCUGUUAUUUCGUGCAUUCCGCCUCCCUCCGUUUCCCAUUAUCAUGCCACGCGCAUUGUAUUCUUAUCUGCGGUUCCACGCCGCCCUUUUCAAUCGGUGUUGUCGGGCAGCUCAAUUCUCGUUGCUAUCUUGUAUACUAAGUGCUCGUAGGGAUACAUUUUUAUGUGCUUUUCGUUUUCCUCCUUGGAGCAAUCAAAUAUAUUUAUCGCGUCUCCUCA